AUGGGUGAAAAAGAGCGAGAGCGGGCUCCAGAGGCAGGAGAAGAGCACCACCAGCAGCCUCACGCCGAGUACUCGCACUUCACCGACGUGGGGACCAAGUCCGCAGCGUACGCGCAGCUGCUGGCGGCGCUCGAGGCCCUGGUCGAGUCACAGCGCAACUGGGUGUGCAACCUGGCCAACGCGGCGUCGCUGCUCUGGCACAUGUACCGCGCCCUGCCCGCGACCGUCUCCCCGCAGGCCCGCGCCGUCAACUGGACCGGCUUCUACGUCCUCGACCCGACAAGCAACCCGCCCACGCAGCUGAUCCUGGGCCCCUUCAUGGGCAAGGUCGCCUGCCAGACCAUCGUCCUGGGCAAGGGCGUGUGCGGGACCGCCGCCUCGGCCGGGAAGAGUGUCGUCGUGCCCGACGUCGAGGCCUUUCCCGGCCACAUUGCCUGCGAUGGCGAGACCAAGAGCGAGAUUGUGGUCCCGAUCCACGCGGGUGCGAAGGUCGUUGGCGUCAUCGACAUCGACUGUGCGGAGCUCAACGGCUUCGACGAGCAAGACCGGGAAGGCCUCGAGAAAGUAGCAGCUCUCUUGGGAGCGUCUUGCGACUGGUGA